AUGUCCCUGCCGCCCAGGACCCCCAUGGGUCCCCCGCAGGAUGUCGUGAUGGGGCCCCCUCCUGUCCCCGGCCAGGCUCCCGUCCCGCUCGCCGGAAAGUUUUCCAAGGAGAAGGACUCCGACGUCACCACAAAGUACAGCAGGCUCAAGCGCAAGUACUUCGAGCUUGAAGAGAAACACAAAGAAGCCAUGGUUCAGCUCAAGACCUCUGGAGAGCGCAACAUAAAGUGGCGGGCUGAACGACAACUUUUGCUGGAACGCAUCAGCGAGCUGGAGACCAACCCCGCCACCAACCCAGGUGUCACUCUUCCCCAGCCUCCAUUCACAGCCUUCCCCCGCGUUCUCCUGAACGACAAGAACCAGAAGCUGUUCGUCGCCAACCUCCGCCAAGCAAUUGAAGAGAUCGACCGCGAGGACCCUGAAAUCGACCCUCACCUCCUGUCGCGUCAUAUUGGGCCUGCCGCACGCAAGCGACAAGAGAUCGAGAUGCGCGAGCGCCAGGAGGAGGAGGCGCGAGAGGCUGCCAAAAGACCUCCGGUCAGGAAACUACGCACCCUGCCGACGAAGGGCAAAGACAUCGGUGCCCCUCUAACGUACGCACCUGCCCCUGUUCACGGCGUGCUCUCCCCGCUCCCAUCCGCAGCCGUCACUGUGGGCUAUGGUGAAGGGGGCCCGUCUUCCCCCACUGUCCUCUCAAGUUCUGGCUUCAGAUUGCGCAUCAAGGGCCCCGCACCCCCCGCACAUGAGGGCACCCCUCCAGGGCACCCCCAGGGUCCUCCUCCAUCGCACCCUGGACCUCAGUCUCACCCAAGUGGGCAUUUACCACUGCCCCCGCACACGUCUGUGCACAGGCACUCUCAAUCGAUGUCCCCGGACCUGUCGCCCCAAGAUGAGUAUGUGUCAGCAAUCCAGGUUGAGGGAAUGUCUCCACCAUACCAACACGGAGCUCCCCCUUCCCAGGCGCAGAUGCAGAUGACGCUCCGGACGUCGUCUGCCUCCUCCCGCCCAUCCGACAUCCAACGACACACAAAGCCAAAACGACUCAAGGCGCACACAGUGACCACCCGGACCGCAAACAUCCCACUCAUUCCCCGCGACAGGGACGGACGCCCGAUACUACCGCUGACGGUGGGCAUCAUGACGGUAUUGCACCUGGGCGAGGUGUGCAUGAGGGAGCAUUUUCACACGGAGAGGUACAUCUUCCCGGUGGGCUACGAGGUGACCCGGCGCUACUCUUCGACCAUGGACCCCAACGCGGAGGUAACGUACCACUGCAAAAUCCUGGACGGCGGCGACGGGCCUAAGUUCCAGAUCAUCGCUGCCGACGCGCCCGACAAACCCAUCGUGGCGGGGACUGCGACGGGCGCGUGGUCGGUUAUCGUCCGUGCGGCGAACCACAUCCGGAAUCGCGCACAUUCGAACUCGGUGUCGGGACCGGAUUUCUUUGGGUUAGGGCAGAACACGAUCAAGUACCUCAUACAGGAGCUUCCACAUGCGAACCAGCUGAGGGAUUACGUGUGGCAGGACUUCAGGGAAGGAGGACCUCUUGGCGGCCGGCAUGCGCCUGUCGUUCCAGCACUUCCGGAUGACAUGGACCCGCCAUCCCCCACCGCCGACUCUAGCAGCAACGGAUACAUGGAUGUGGUGGAUGGCGAGCAAGAGCUUCACUCACCCACCCACAACCCCGGCGCCGGUCCAACCCAAGCUGUGCUCGGCCGGCAUGGCGAAUUGCAAAUCAUCGAAGAUCCUUCCUUACGCGGGCGCAACGGCCCUCCUCCUACCCAUUCUCCCACCGCAAUGAAGCCCAUUACGUUCCACCAGGAGUAUCCGAACGCUCCUCCCUCCGACCACGGACAGCGCGGACGGCGCGGAUCACGAGCUAGCAAUUACGACGACUACCCACCGAUGCACGUGGAUUCACCACACUCGCGCACGGCGUCACACUCGCCAGUGAUGCAUCGGGAGCGCGAACGAGACGGUCACUACUCUCCGCCCCACCAGCUCCCGCCUCCUCCACCUUUGGCUCACUCACAUUCACUUUCGCGCUCGCAUGGGUCAAUUCCGCCUCCGUCUCCCCACCAUCGGUAUGUCCCGCAUGCCAACGGCGGUGACUAUCGCGAACACUAUGACAGAGACAGGGGUCGCUCGCCGCCUCCGCCGCCACCCCCAGGCCCGGCCGUCCCCGCGACCUUCGCGAGCAUCAUGAAUGCUUACCCGAAUCCGCCUCCACGUAUGGGUAGCCCGCCUGCGAGUGAAAGCAGCGUAUACGCGAAUGGUGUUCGGAGGAAUGGCCACGCUGCGUAUCCCCCUCGCGACGAGCGGUAG